AUGAAGACGUCAACGGUGAUUGUUUUAUUCACGAGUGUUCAUCUGAUAACUGCUCAGUUAAACUUUGAAGGAAAUCCUUUAACUGAACACACGGAUUACUUGGCAGAAGAGUCCCAUCUUUCGACAAGAACAGCACGACAACAAAAUCUAGAGAAAAGCGUCAACGGCUCCUCAAGUACGAAUGUUUCUUCAAAGGAAAAUCAUCAACCAGGAUCGCCUCAAAAGUUAUACCCAGUUUAUAGUCAAGAUCUUGGACGUCAAGUUCUUGUAAUCCAGUCUGGAAGCAAAGGUCUUGAGAAUUCAGAAUUGGUUCACAAUACGAAAUUAAAUCAGAAUUCAGGAUCGAUUCAGAAUUCAGAACCAGUUCAGAAUACAUCAUCGAUUCAAAUUAUAGAACCAGAAUCAGAGAAGAGACCACGUCAGUUGCAAGACAAUUUCAUCAACACAAAUGCAAUUCAACAGGAGCAAAUCUACGAACAGCAACGAAUCAACCCUGCUGAUUUGGCUCUUCAAAUGUUUCUCAACUCGAAAUCUCCCAAAGAGUCUGAAGUUGCUUUGAGUUAUUAUCUCCAGGGUGGACAUGGCUUGGCAGAGCAAUUGGAGCUUGAAAAGCAGCAAAAAUUGAGACAAGAGGAGCAAGUGAGACAACAACAGAUUCAGCUGGAGCAGAUGAGGCAAAAGCAGAUUCAAGAGGAGCAUAUGAGGCAAAAACAGAUUCAAGAGGAACAGAUGAGGCAACAGCAAAUUCAACAAGAGCAGAUGAGGCUACAGCAAAUUCAACAGGAGCAGAUGAGGCAACAGCAAAUUCAACAGGAGCAGAUGCGACAGCAGCAAAUUCAAGGGCAACAGAUGAGGCAAAAACAAAUUGUACAGAUACAACAAGAAUAUCCUCAACGGCAACCAAUUCAGCAACAAAGAACCCAGCCAUUGCAGCACUUGGAGCAACAAAAUCCUAUCCAGAAUCAAUUGAUCAGACAACAGAAUCUUCAACCCCAGAUCCAAGAGAAUCAACAGGUUCAAAUUCAGAAUCAACCACAGGCUGACCAACAGGUUCAACUACAAAAUCAACAGAUUCAACCACAACAACCAGUGGAUCCGCUUGUCCAACCUCUUGCUCCUCAAGGUCUUGGAGCUUAUCCUUAUCCCCGAAUUCCAUUUCUCCAACCCAGAACUGAUUUCUACCCAGGAGCUCCGAUGUACAGGCGACCAAUGAGAAGGCAUAGCUAUCGUCAGCCAGUUCCUCUUCAAUCCAGGAUUGGUCCCCCGAUCUACAAAGGAGUUCCACCACCUCCAGUUUAUCCGGGGAAAAUAAUAAAGUCUCCAAUGGAAGUAAUUUAUUCAAGAUCACCGGCGUAUGCCCGAGGUGCUCCAGUUUUUAGCGGUCCUCCAGGUCAAUACGAAGAUGCUAGCCCCUGGUUUGCAGAAUCCGAUCAUCAACCUCCAGCCAAAGAUGUUUAUUAUUCCCAGCUCUAUGCUCAAUCGUAUGAUCCCCAUUAUUAUAAUUACAUUGCCAAGACUGGAAAGAUUAAGCCUCACUUGUAUGGGAAAUUAAAUCCAGAGGCGAAUCAAGAUGAGGGAAUUUUAGCUGAACUCUUUCGAGGAUUUAAGAAUCAUGGAAUAAAGAACAUCAUGAAUCCGACUUUUCUUCUGGGCAUGACCAUUCCGGCCUUGACCUUUAUGCUCACAGCUCUCGUACAGAAGAGGGCUCUCUCGCGCUCCGAUUCCAGGUCAUUGGACCAGGAAGAAAUUCGGGAAUAUCUUGAGAGGCUUCAGAGGGCUUUGGAGUGCCAUCGGAAAUCGAAAGGAGUGCCGACAGAUGAAUGGUGCCGGCAGUGAAAGUUGUGCGAGUGAGUGCGUGCGUGGAAAAAAAAACAAUGUGUAAAGAUUUAUUUUAGGAGACAAUUUUUUUUAUUUGAUGUUUAGGUUUUAGUGAAGUGAAGGUGCACGAAAAUUGGAUAAAGAGAUUUUAUUUAAAAUCGAGUUCUCUAAAUAAACAAUUUUCGAGGUUAUAAUCAUUCUUAAAAUUAGAUGUGUACACCUCCCACAAAACUCUUUCAAAUCCGUUGGAAUCUUUUCAAUCCAUUGCAAUUUUUUAAACCUUGGAAAUUUUGUGAUAUCGUGAAAUUCUAGGAAAUUCACUGAAAACUGAUUGAAUUUGGUAAAAUCUUAUAAAAUAUUUGGAAUUCUACGGAAAACCUUUACAUUUUUUGAAACUUUUUUAAAUCCUAGAAAACUGGUUUAAUUUCUUGAAAGCUUUU